ACAUCAGUCAAUGUCAAUGUCUGUAUAUGAAGGCUUUCUGUAAUUGUAAUUACAAUUGUUCAAUAGAUAAUUCAAUCUCAUCUUAAUAAGAAAUUAUUUAAUUUUUUUUCAUGUUUUGUCAGGGUUUGUAUGCUGUCGGAAAUUUUCAGGCAAGUGAGGAAGACAGCAGCAGUCCACUUCCAGUUGUACAUUACGCCCCUUGCUCCUUGCCUCAUGUAACCCAAGAUGUAGUUCUCCAGCAGCUGCAAAUAAAAGCUGGCAUGACCAGUGAGCAUGGUAUACCUACCUCCAAUUCUGAAGGCCUACUGCACCGGGGUCUUCUGCAACAGAAGCCUAAUGUCAGCCUAAAGCAAUCUAGUCUAAAGCAAUCACAAGUGAUCUCUCCGUACAGCCCUCAGAUCAAAGAUACCAUGAUGACUUUUAGCCACACUCUCCCUCGAGUUCACACCCCUCAGGCAAUAGCAGCAUAUGAGGAAGCUGCCAGACAUCAUGCUGCCAUUCUCCACCAUGCGUCCAUGGAUUCCAGCCGCUCAAAGCAACUUCUGUCUCAAUGGAAAAGUAAGAACAGCAACCAUAAGUCAUCUGUGGUAGUUCCAGAGUCCUUCUCCUCUGCAGACUCAGCAUCUGGCCAGUCUUCCCAGCAUUCAUGCCAUCAUGGUAGCAUGGAACUCCAAUCCAGCUCUGAACCAUCAGCUUUGGGACUGAAUGGAGGCCUUGACAGCUUUGCAAACAUAUCUAAGCUGCCUGCAAGUGCUAGUACCACCCUGUCCAAUAACUGCAGCGGCAUUACAGGAGGGUCCAGGAUAUCCAUACAAUCUAGACCAGGGUCUUCACAACUAGUCCACAUACCAGAGGAAAUUCAUGAAAAUUACAACAACACCUGCCAGAAAGUUAUAGGAGGAGAAGGAAGUGAAAGAAUGUUGGUGGUAAAUAGCACAAUUCAGGCUAACUGGCAAAGGUUAGUGGACAAGACUACAACAUGCAGGACUAAUGGAAAUGUGCAGAUGACUGCUAUGUCCAGGCAGCAGGGGCGACUACAAACCCAUUCCAAGAGUUUAGACGAGAGCAGCACGGGCUGUAACACAAAUGGGAGUUGUGAGGGUACUGUUCAUUAUAGAGCACUAAAUGAUCAGGAACCCACUACAGGGCCAAGUUCACUGGUCAGUAUUACAGGCAGUAUUUCAGGAAGCACUGGAGCCAUUAUCAGAAUAGAAGCUCACCCUGAAAAUAGCAGACCAAUAAUCCAAGCUCCAUCCAUAGAUGGAAGGGGAUCAUGGAGGUGGCAGUCCCUGGAUCAUAGUACUGGAGGUUGUGAAAAAACAGGGACUAGGGUUGUCAGCAGUGGAUCAGCUGCAGGACUUGGCAGUUUGAGGCAGUCAUUUGAGCAUAAUGAUCUAAACAUAGACUCAGGAAGCUCAGAGUCAGUACAUGAAGGGUCAGUUGACAAGAAACAUACCAGUCACAUUGUUAUGCCAACUUCUACGGUUGUAAGCCCACCCAAAGUUACUGUUCAGACCAAGGACUCUAGCCAUUCUGAGCAGAGGCUCCACCCUCAGGGUCAUUCUACCAUUAGAGUCACUCCAGGAGAUGGUAGUGGUUGUGGAUCUGGAGGAAGGGACAAUGGAAUAGGUGGAGCUGGAGAGACUGCUUCAGAACCCCCCUCAGUUGCUUCCAGUCGUGAGUCCACACUGCAAAGAAAAGGCAAUAAAACCAUCAUGAUCCCAGAAAGAGUAAACAGCCCUGAUAAUGCUCGAAACAUUUUCUAUAAAGGAACAUCAAUUUCCCCUGUUUUGAAGGACUAGAAUACCAAAUAUUAUGAAAUUAUAGCAAAUAAUGUGGGGCGAAACAUUUUCUAUAAAGGAACAUCAGUGUCCCCUGUUUUGAAGGACUACAAUACAAAGUAUUAUGAAAUUAUAGCAAAUUAUGUGGGGCAGAUAACCCAGUAUAAGUGACAAGAGUCUAUAUUCAGAGUAUGCAUCAAAGUAUGCAAAAGAAAAUGAACAUUCUUAUGUAGCAUGUUUUUUGUAGAUUUACACUAGAUGCCAACCAUUUAAGUGUUGUAUCACUGUGUACUUUUAUGAUCACUCUUAAAAAAACUAUAUAAUGUUUAGGCUUUGUAAGUAGUUCAUGGAGAAAAUAACCUUUUAUUAGACAGUCAUGUUUUUGAUUAAAUAAAACAAGAAUUUUAAGAAAUUGUGAAAGUUAUAUUUAAACACAUGCUCACAAUGGAAAAAAUUGUGUUAUUGCUGUGAAACCCGUUUUACCUUCCUGCAUUUCAAAAACUAUGUAUGGCUGGAAGUGGUGCUACUCCAUUUAAUGUUAUUUGUUAUUUACAUAUUAAAGAACAUCCUAAAGAAUUAUUUUACAAUGAUUUGCAACUGUAAUAUUAACAUGUUUUUUUGUUCAAUUUGGAAUUUUUUCUGUGCAGAAAACCGAUUCAACAGAUUACAUAUACGUAUA